AUGGCCAGCGCGGCGGUCGUGGAGCACACCUUCAAUGUGGGCGGCAUGAACAUCUCUCAGUUCUGCACCAACAGCACGAUAUACACGGCCAACGAGCAGUUACCCGGACCAACCAUCGAGGCCAGCGAAGGCGAUGCGGUGGUCGUCCACGUCGUGAACAAUUCGCCGUACCCAUUAUCAGUCCACUGUGGGUGGGCCGACGGGGCGCACAUGAUAACGGACUGCCCCAUCCAGCCUUCUGGCAAUUUCACAUACCAGUUCAACAUCACGGGCCAGGAGGGCACCCUGUGGUGGCAUGCCCACUCCUCGCUCCUCCGAGCCACCAUCUACGGCGCUCUCAUCAUAAAGCCCAGAAACGGCACCGCCGGCUACCCGUUCCCAGCACCCUAUGGCGAAAUCCCGAUAAUAUUUGGCGAGUGGUGGAACAAAAAUGUGAACGACGUGGAGAUCGACGCGCACAUGACCGGCCUCGGACCGGCCAUCUCCGACGCGCUCACCAUCAACGGCAUGCCGGGGGACCAGACUCCCUGCCAAGCUGCCGGUGUCUACGAGGUCGAGGUGGCGUCCAACGAGACCUACCUCCUCCGCAUCAUCAACGCCGCAGUCAAUGUCGAGCUCUUCUUCAAGGUGGCCGGCCACAACUUCACGGUGGUCGCCGUGGACGCGAGCUACACGGACCCCUACGACACGGACGUCAUCGUGAUCGCGCCGGGGCAGACGGUGGAUGCCCUCAUGAACACCUCGGCGCCGCCGGGAUUGUACUACAUGGCGGCCACCGUGUUCGAGAGCAAGACCGUCUCGUUCCCCUUCAACAACGGCACCGCGACGGGCAUCUUCAAGUACGAGGGAGCACCGAACGAUACCGCCGCUUCCAUGCCAGCCAUGCCGGCCCACACGGACGUGGUCACCGCGGGCACCUUCUACUGGUCCCUCACCGGCCUCGUCCGGCCGGGCGACUCGGUCGUGCCGACAGCCGUGAACCACAGCAUGGUGGUGGAGUUCGGGAUGGAGCAGGGGCCAUGCGCGCCGGACCAGACGAGGUGCCAGGGGUUCGCGCUCGUGGCGUCCAUGAACAGGCGCUCCUUCCAGUUCCCCAAGAACGCGUCGCUCCUCGAGGCGAUGUACGAUGCUCUCCCGGGCAUCUAUUCCCAGGACUUCCCGACCUCCCCGCCGCCGGUGUCGAUGGCCACCAAGGCCACGUCCGUGAAGAACGUCACGUACAACGACGUGGUGGAGGUGGUGCUGCAGAGCACAACGUACAGCCGCGUCCUCGGCACGGAGAACCACCCGAUCCACCUGCACGGCUUCAACUUCUUCGUGCUGGCGGAGGGGCUCGGGCGCUUCGACCCGACCAUGGCGGAGAGCGUGUACAACCUCGUGAACCCGCUGGUGCGCAAUACGGUUGUUGUGCCGGGCGGCGGAUGGACCGUCAUACGGUUCACGGCGAAUAAUCCAGGCAUGUGGUUCAUGCACUGUCACUUGGAUGCGCACCUGCCGUUGGGGUUGGCCAUGGUGUUCCAGGUGCUCGACGGUCCAGCCCCGAAUCUGCUUCCUCCGCCUCCCGUUGACUACCCGAUCUGCUACUAAACGCAACCUACCAUAUAAUCCCAGAGAUUCAGUUGUGAUGUUAUUUUCCUGUCUAGUUGUGUGAACGUGUUUGAUUCAUGCAUUUC